ACUUUUUCUGCUAGAUAUUACCUGACAUAACCAUAUAAGGUAACAAUAUAACAGAAAUAUAACUGGUGAACAUGUCGCGUCAUAACUGAUUUAGUGUAAUUUAUUCGUUUAUAAAACCUCUGUGCAGCAUUUAGUCAAUAAGUAGAUGUUGUUUUGGAAUGUACACUAUAAAUUAAUUUGAUAUGUGACGUUUUUAAAUAAACUUGACUUAGAAAUAUUUAACUAUUAUUUCAUUUGACAAAUAUUAAUUCGUAUUUGUUUUUAUCUUUCAGGCAUUUGCAAUGAACAGUCUCACGGUGCCUUCGUCACUCGCAGAGGGGUCCUUCCAUUGCUCUGUGGUGCGGCCACGUGGAUCAGAUUCAAGAAGACUCGCCGCUCCGAUGAUGGGCAGCAAAUCAAGCGCGAUCGCGGCGGGCGUGUGUGGGACGCUGAUCAUCGGGUACUGUAUCUAUUUCGACAGAAAACGACGAAGCGAUCCUAAUUUCAAAACGAGACUGCGUGAACGAAGAAGGUCACAGAAAGCUGCUCAAGAUGAAUCUGGACUUGCUCGGCUACCAGAUCUUAAAGAUGCAGGAGCUGUCCAGAAAUUCUUCCUUGAUGAGAUUCAGCUGGGAGAGGAGCUGCUGGCACAGGGAGACAAUGAGAAGGGUGUGGACCACCUGACCAAUGCCAUCGCUGUAUGUGACCAGCCCCAGCAGCUUCUACAGGUGCUCCAGCAAACCUUACCACCUCCGGUCUUCCAGAUGGUACUUGCCAACCUGCCGUCGAUCAGCCAGCACCUAUUAAGUGCUCCGAGCCUGGAGGAAGAUGAUGUUGAGUAAAGAUCUAUAGUGGGCUCGGCAGUGGACCUACUGUACAGAGACUCCUUCAGUGUGUCUCGUUUGUCUUAUGUUUAUUAUUCCCGUUCCUGUGUCAGUUCGAUCAACAAUACUGACCACUGCACUUUUGGUUUCCUGAUUGUUUGAGUUGCACAAUUAUAGUUUAUGUAGAGUGGGUGAAUGUUCAUUUUAUUCUAUUUCCAGGCAUGAUAACGUCACGACAGAUCUCAAGUGAAACACUCAAUUUUCUUUGUAAGAUUAAGGUGUUUCUGGACACUGAUAGCUUUUUUUAUUUAAUAUAUAUAUAUUACUCCCUAAACUGUUGACUACUGAUAACAUGCACUCAGCAAAUGCCAGUUUAUAUAUUAUGUGUACAUAAGCAAAUGUUUUAAGGACAUUCUAUAGGUUAAUUUUGUCUUAUGUUCUUGUUUGCAUGACAGACGUUCUUGUUGCGAGUGCAAAAUAAAAACAUUUGCAUUUUUGUAUGAUCCAUACUAAAAACCACAAAGGAACUGUCCUUUUUUGUAUUCAAUAAAUACAAUUUAAUUAACUGUAUUCUAUUUUUUUUUUAACAUUUCAAAUGCUGUUUUACUGACAUGGCGUAGUACUUCCGCUAGGGGGCAGCACCAACACACUAAAAAGCUUUUUUUUUUUUUUUUUUUGAUAAUGCAGAAAUAAAGAACUUA